AAUGGCGGCGGUGCCGCCCGCCCUCCCCUCCCCCUCCCUUUCCCCCCGCCGCCGCCGCCGCGGCCACUUCCGGGGGCGGGGCCCGGGGGCCGGAAGUGUGUCGCGCUCGCAAGAUGGCGACUCCCUAUGUGACUGACGAGACCGGGAAGUACAUCGCCUCCACGCAGCGCCCCGACGGCACCUGGCGGAAGCAGCGGCGGGUGAAGGAGGGCUACGUGCCGCAGGAGGAGGUCCCGGUGUACGAGAACAAGUACGUGAAGUUCUUCAAGAGCAAACCCGAGCUGCCCCCGGGGCUGAGCCUGGAGGCUGCUGCGCCGCCCGGCAAGCAGCCCGGCAAGGCGGAGGGCGGGGAGACGGGACUGUCCAAGGCGGCCAAAAGGAACUUGAAACGAAAGGAGAAGAGGAAGCAGCAGCAGGAGAAAGGGGAGCGGGAGACGGACGAACUGAUCCACUCGCUGGAGAAGGUCUCCCUCGGGGGGGACGCGCGAGCGGCCGCGCCGCAGCCGGCCUGCGGCGCCCAGGGCCCCGCCGACGGCGAAGCGGCGGCCUCGGAGAAAGCCAAGAAGAUCAAGAACCUGAGGAAGAAGCUGCGGCAGGUGGAGGAGCUGCAGCAGCGGCUCGACUCCGGCGAGAUCAAGCAGCCGACCAAAGAGCAGCUGGAGAAGCUGGGCCGGCGGAAAGCCCUGGAGGAGGAGCUGCAGGACCUGGAGCUGGACUUGUAAGGGGCGGGCGGGGGGCGCGGGGCCGGCCGGGGGGGCGCGCGGCGGGCACGGGGCGCACGAGGGCCGGCGCCCCCAGCGCGGGCUGAGCGCCGGGCCCCUCGGGCACGGGGUUUGUUCCGGUGUUUGUUUUUUUCAGAACAGUUUUUUGUUGUUUUGUUUGUUUGUUUGUUUUGUUUUGUUUUAAUUUCCCAGCUAUCGGUGUUAGAAAUUCGGCGACUGCCAGAUACCUCUCUCCUUUUUUUAAUUUUAACGGGGGGAGGGGGGGGGGGCCGGGCGGGCAGGGUCGGUGCUGCGGGCGGGGCGGGGGCCGUGGCUCUUCCUCUCCUCCCUCCCCAGCCCCUCGCGUGCUGUGUUGCCGCCCCUCCCUUUGUUUUUAAACACCACGCAAUAAUAAAAUUGCAGUAGUGAC